GCAUAUUUCAGAAGACAACAUGAGUGAGUUUGGUGAAAUUCUUAAAGACGUGGGAGAAUUUGGUCAAUUUCAAAAACGUUUGCUAGUAUUGAUAUGUAUCCCAUACUUAUUUACGGGAUUCCACUUAAUUGCCCAGGUGUUUACUGGAGCAACUGUUCAACAUCACUGUCAGGCCAACUGGAUACAAAACAUCACUGAAGGCUUGAGCAAAGAAGAACAAUUGCUCCUGACUAUCCCAAAGGAACAAGAUGGGUCUUAUCAAAAAUGUAAAAUGUAUGUGCCCCACCCAGAUAAAGACAUCAACUGGAUUUUGUUACAUGGAAACAAAUCUACGGCAGCAUGUGAAGAAGGAUGGAUGUACGACUUCUCACAAUAUAGAUCAACCAUAGUUACAGAGUUUAAUUUGGUUUGUGAUCACCGGUGGCUAAGUAAAUUCUCACAGACUAGUUCCAUGGCUGGCCUAUUUGUUGGAGCCAUGUUGUUCGGUCCCCUAGCAGACAGGUUUGGUCGACAAAGAACUAUUUUGGUCUCUCUGCUUCUUCAGCUUAUCAGUGGAGUAGGAGCAGCAUUUGUACCAACCAUCAGCUUAUUCAUUGUUUUGCAAUUUGUUCUUGGCACUUCAGUGUCUGGCAUAAUGAUGAACACAGUCACUUUAGGUACAGAAUGGACUGGUGUAGAACAUCGAUCAUUUGCAUCAGUCCUUACCCAGUGUGCCUUAUCAGUGGGACAGAUACUUUUAACUGGGCUGGCUUAUGGCAUUCGUGACUGGAGGAUGCUACAAUUAACUACCUCAUGUCCAAUAAUUAUCUUCUUGUCUUACAUAUGGUUGCUUCCAGAGUCUGCGAGGUGGCUUUUAAUGAAAGGACAAAAAGAAGCAGCCAAGAAGUAUCUUAGGAGCGCAGCAAUAGUGAACAAAAGAGUACUACAUGAAUCACUGAUUGACAAGAUUGUCACUACGAAAGAAAUCCAGCAGAUCACCAUCUGGGAUCUUUUUCGGAUAUCAAGUCUGAGAAGAGUUACAUUGGUUUUGACCUUCAUUUGGUUUGUAAACAGUUUUGUGUAUUAUGGAUUGUGCUUCAGUGUUGAAAGAUUUAGCAAGGACAUUUACUUAAUGAAUUUCAUCUUUGGAUUGGUGGAAGUCCUCCGUGUUUCUUGCAUUUGGCUCUUGGCGAAGUUUGGUCGAAAAAAAUGUCAAGGAUGUUUCCUGUUGCUUGGUGGUGUUGCAUGCCUCCUCAUAUUGGCUUUUCCAGAAGGAAUGGCUCUGGAAGUCAUUGUGCUUGCUGUCCUUGCAAAAUUAUCAAUCUCAGGUUCCUUCUCAGUGACUUAUGUUUAUUCUACUGAGUUAUUCCCAACUGCGAUCAGGCAGAGCAGUAUUGGUUUGGCGUCCAUGUUUGCUUGGUUAGGAGGCAUCAUCGCUCCCAUGAUCAUGCUUUUGGAACAGGACUACCCAGGCAGCUCCUUGAUCUUAUUUGGAAUCACAUCAAUAAUCGCCAGUGCCCUGAGUCUCCUGCUGCCAGAAACUGCCAACAAAGAACUAUCAGAUCACACUGGGCAAGUUGGAAAUGUUAAAAAGAAAGUGAAUGGUAAAAGUGAUGUAGAAAAUGCAUACCAUCAGUCUGCAGCAGAUACUGGAAACUUCACUAAGAGCACAAGAAUGUGAUGAAACAUAUCAUUGAAGAACGGCCUGAAUUUGACCAAUGCUGACUGUCGUCUAUUAGGAACUGCUGAGCUCUCCUCUGCAUUUUAACUUUUAGCUUGUAUUCAUUUUCAGGAAACUAUAUAUCAAUACUGUCAAAAGAAAAAGUGGGUAAGAACUUGGCUUUUUAAAGAUUAUUGAAUAAUUCUGUGUUAGUGGUUUGAACACAGGAUGAGCCAUCAGAGUCAGGAACAACGAAUCAAAGGAGUUGUUUAUUUUAUGUGACUGAAAAUGGCCAAUGUGUAAUUUGAGUAUGAUGGCGUGUUUUUCUUUGUCUUUAAGGCAACAAAUAGAUAGUCAAGUAAUGUAUAGGAAAGUAUCCAUGGGAUUUCAUAAACAUACUACUGAUAGUCCAUCUGAUGGGAUUUCAAGUAGAGCAUGCAUUUGUCUCAAUGCUUCACCUUCUCAAUGCGUGGAAACACAACUUUAUAAAAUAAUGGCAGACUCAAUUUGAAGGAAAAGAUUAAAAAGGAAGUGAUUUAACAAUCUUGGAUUCUUGUUUCAUAUUCAGGGUAGUUCCUUACACUUUCAUUAUUGCUCCAAAGUCUCAUAUAAAAUGUG